ACUGGCCUGAUUGGUCUAGUAAAGAAUAUAAUAAAACGCGAGGGUCUGGCAGGUCUCUAUGCUGGCAUUGGGCCAAAUAUGCUCAAGGUGAUACCGGCAGUCAGCAUCUCCUAUGCCUCAUACGAGAUGCUUCGUGAGCAAUUGGGGAUCAAAAAGAAAUAA